AUGCCGACCGUCCACCUGCUCGACUACGUUGCGGGCAAUAUUCGCAGUCUGGUGAAUGCUAUUGAGAAACUAGGAUACCAGGUUGAGUGGAUCAAGUCUCCCGAAGACGUGCCCAAGGCCGAGAAGCUCAUCCUCCCGGGCGUGGGCCACUUUGGCCACUGCCUCUCACAACUCUCGCAAGCCGGCUACUUGCCCGCUAUCCGACAGCACAUCUCCGCCGGCAAGCCCUUUUUCGGCGUCUGCGUCGGCCUGCAGGCACUCUUUGAGGGCUCCGCCGAAGACCCCGACGUGCCAGGGCUCGGCGUCGUUGCCGCGUCCCUCGAUCGCUUCGCCGACGCCGACAAGCCCGUUCCGCACAUUGGAUGGAACAGCGCCGACACGCGCGGCCGCCACAUGUACGACCUGCGCGCCGGCUCUAAGUACUACUACGUCCACUCCUACAAGUGCCCCUACACGCCGGGCGUGCUCGAGCGCCAGGGCUGGUCCGUCGCCACCGGCGCCUACGGAGACGAGACCUUCAUCGGCGCCAUUGCAAAGGGCAACGUCUACGCGACGCAGUUUCAUCCGGAAAAGUCGGGCGUCGCCGGCCUGCGCACUAUUCGCGCGUUUCUCACCGGUGCCGGCGCGGAGAGCCUCGGCACGCCCCUGGACAAGACUGCCGCUGCCUCUCCGACAGACGGCCUGACGAGGCGCGUGAUUGCAUGCCUCGACGUGCGCGCCAACGAUCAGGGUGACCUCGUCGUCACAAAGGGUGACCAGUACGAUGUGCGCGAAAAGACAGAGGGCAACAACGUCCGCAAUCUCGGCAAGCCUGUGGAAAUGGCCAGGCGCUACUACGAGGACGGCGCCGAUGAGGUGACAUUCCUCAACAUCACCUCCUUCCGCGACUGCCCGGUCGCCGACCUGCCCAUGCUCGAGGUGCUGCGGCAGACGUCGCGCACCGUCUUCGUGCCGCUCACCAUUGGCGGCGGCAUCCGCGACACGGUGGACACGGACGGCACCAAGGUGACGGCGCUCGAAAUCGCCACCAUGUACUUCAAAUCCGGCGCCGACAAGGUAUCAAUCGGUUCCGACGCCGUCAUCGCCGCCGAGCAGUACUACGCGCUCGGGAAAAAAUUAUUUGGCGACACGGCGAUUGAGCAAAUCGCGCGCGCCUACGGCAACCAGGCCGUCGUCGUCAGCGUCGACCCCAAGCGUGUCUACGUGCCCAAGCGCGACGCCACGCGGCACGCUCUCGUCGAGACGCGCACGCCAGGUCCUCGCGGCGAGCCGUUUUGCUGGUACGCCUGCACCAUCAAGGGCGGCCGCGAGAUCCGCGACAUGGACGUUGUUGAGCUCGCCCAGGCCGUCGAGGCCAUGGGCUGCGGCGAGCUGCUCCUCAACUGCAUCGACAAGGACGGCUCCAACUCUGGCUUCGACCUCGAGCUAGUCGCGCAGGUCAAGGCAGCCGUCAAGAUUCCCGUCAUUGCGUCGAGCGGCGCGGGCGUGCCGGCGCACUUUGAAGAGGUGUUUUGCGAGACCACGACGGACGCGGCCCUCGGCGCGGGCAUGUUCCACAGGGGCGAGUACACGGUUCGACAGGUCAAGGAUUAUUUGGAGGAAAAGGGUCUGGUCGUGAGAAAGUUUGAAGAGGAUGAUUUAUAA